GGAGGGGACAAAGCAAGGUAAAAAGACAAGCCAUUUCCUUGUAGACAUUCUCCAUGCAGGACUCAAAUAUAGAACAAACCUCCAACAACUUAAGGACACAGCUGAAGCGGUCCAGUAUAUUGAGGAUGGCUCUAGCCGGUUCGGAAACCAUGGACCAGGACGGACAUGGAGAGACUUACAUAUUCCGUGCUGUCAGAAUAGCAGCUGUGGUUGCACUGUACUGGUUCAUUUCAAUAACUAUGGUGUUCCUUAAUAAUUAUCUGCUGGACAACAAAGACCUGGACGCGCCGUUAUUUGUAACUUUCUAUCAGUGUCUGGUGACUGUUGGACUGUGCUGGCUCAUGCAGCUGCUGUCCAGAGUGUGCCCGGGACUCAUCGACUUCCCGUCGGUCAAACUCGACGUGAAGACGUCGCGAGAGGUCCUGCCGCUGUCCAUUGUGUUCAUUGCCAUGAUCACCUUCAACAACCUGUGCCUGAAACAUGUCGGAGUGGCCUUCUACACGGUGGGUCGUUCACUCAGCACAGUGUUUAAUGUGCUGCUGUCCUACGCCAUCCUAAAACAAACGACAUCCCUCCAAGCCGUAAUGUGCUGUGGGGUCAUUCUAGGUGGAUUCUGGCUUGGUGUGGACCAGGAAGGCGUGGCAGGGUCCCUCUCCUGGUUAGGUGUCUUCUUUGGGGUGGUGGCCAGCGCUUGUGUGUCUCUUAACGCCAUCUACACCAAGAAGGUGAUGCCAGCGGUGGAUGGAAACAUCUGGAAGCUGUCCUACUACAACAACAUCAAUGCCUGCGUCCUCUUCCUCCCACUCAUUCUCGUGUUUGGUGAGUUGGAACAUCUCGCCCACUUCAGCCUCCUGACUGACCUCAAGUUUUGGGGCAUGAUGACACUCGGGGGAUUAUUUGGUUUUGCCAUUGGCUACGUCACAGGCCUCCAGAUCAAGUAUACCAGUCCACUCACGCACAAUGUCUCAGGGACAGCGAAGGCCUGUGCGCAGACUGUUAUUGCGGUUGUGUACAACUCUUCCAGUAAAAGCCUGCUGUGGUGGACCAGUAACCUGUUGGUUCUUUGUGGCUCUUCAGCCUACACUUGGGUCAAAAGUCUAGAAAUGAAGAAGCCUCCAUCUCACAGAGACCCUCUGGACUCUGCCAAGGAAAAACUGCUGCCAGGGGAAAAAGGCAACCUGGGAGUGUAACAGCUGGAACUAGGCUGAGAAACUUUCUUCUUCUUUUUUUAUACAUGUGGCGUUAGAGUAUGAAAUAAUGUAACACUUGACUGAUUAAUGUUUGAGGUGAUUAUGCACACAUGGAAUCAGUGGUUUUGGUUGGGUUUUGGGUUUUAUACCGUUGGACUUGAAGCCUGACAAAUUUUGUAUGUAUAUAUUAUUUAAAGCUAUUCACAUGCAUUCGGGGCAGUUUAACAAUUAUGUUAAAAUGAAUUGACUAAGCAAUAUCUUUUAUGGUCCAGUCUACAAGUGAAGACAACAAAAUCAUGUUUUUAUUUGGGCAACCCCCAAAGAGAUUUCAACCAGAGCCAAAUGAAAAUCACUAGCGGAAAAACGUUGAGAGGAGUAGACCCUGCUGAUUUAGUGGCAUCAAUAUUGAUUUGAGACAUAUUUAUGAGUGGAUAGUGUGGUUUUUUUCCCCAGAAGACUUGGGCAGGGAUUCACCAACUCAGCCCGGGUACAGUAAGUGAUCUGGGCCUAGGUCCCUAAUGUAAAAUAAGCCAAACUACAUUAUAUUCCAUUGUAUUUCAUUAUAUUUUGAAUUGGCAUCUGCCUCCUGAGUUUUGUGUUUUCCUCUAGAUAAAUAAAGACGGUUCCACUAGGGCUGAAACGAUUCCUCCAAUAACUCAAAUCUUUCGAUUACAAAAAAUCCUUGAUGCAAAAUGAUUUGCCUCAAUCAAUGUUACCAAUCGUUCUUCAGCAUCUCGACAGAAAACAUUGAGUUUAACUUAAUCAUCCAUUCCACGACGCGGUCCCAACUGUCACUGCCCGAUGUGAGUCGAGUACAGAUGUGAGUCGCGCAUGUUCAGAUUUAAAUGGUUUACGGCAUAACUUGUCAAACUUUAACAAUAAACUUUUCUCGUAACAAACAAUAAGAGAAGUUGGGAAUCAUUUCAAAAACAUUUUAGCUAUCUAUGGUUGUUUGGUUGCUAACGUUAGCUCAAAACACCAUUCCAGUGACAGCCUCUGUUUUGUUUGAUGCUGACUUGUAGCCAGCAGUGAACCAACUCGGUUAAGUAGGUCCAUUUUUACUGUGUUGACAUUACAGAAGUCUCUCGUUAGGAUUUUGUCACAAAGUGACGCAUGCACGACUCAAAUCUGCACUUGACUCACAUCGGGGAGUGACACCGGCAAAAGUAAAUCAUCGUAUUUACGUUGAAACUGCACCAAGCACAAUAACUAUCAAAAUCAGAGACAAGAAAAUAUGUUGUGACGACAAUUUGAUCUAAAGAGCCGACUUGAGUUGAGUAUCACUUUGGUGAAACAGCUGAUUGUUGCACACAAUCUACUAGCAAAGGUGUAACAGAGCUCAAAUAUAUAAAUGAAAUAGGUUGAGUAUAACUAAUAUGAUCAGUCUCAGGUUGAAACUUGUAGUUCUGAAAGUUAAGUUGCACAACGCAAUGUAAUCUUUAUGUGUGUUUAAUGUUUGCCUUAGUUUGAGGUUGCAACUGCAUUUCAGAAAAUGUUUUCUUUAAAAACAAUGAAAUAUGGCACUUAAAUGCACUUAAUUUUAAGGUUUUUGAGAGAUAUUGUAAGCAAUGUUGGAUAUACAUUUUUUUGCUUUUUCCAGGAAUUAAACCAAACUUGUAUACUAUUGCUCUUCAAUAAGAAUGAAGUAUUUCUUAUCCGAUUAAUCAAUGGAAUAAUCGGCAGACUAAAAUAGAUAUAAAACUAUAACUAUUACCUAUAAAAUUAUUCAAAUAAUAAAUAGCUGCAGCCCUGGAUUCCAUCAUAAGUUAAUGCAUAAAAAUGUGUCAAAAUACAGGAAAUGAAAUGUUUGGUGCUUAAUAUUAGCUGGGGAGGACCCUCAGACCCCCCCCCCCCCCCCCCAAAGGUCCAUUCUGAGGCAGGAAAACUCUCACAGGGAGGGUGUAUUUACUCUGACGGAGGGUAUUGGUGUCACAGUGAAAUAGAAAAUUCUUUUACACAUUCGUUAAGUUUGGAAUUUAAUUAUAUCAAUAUGAAAUGUGUAAUAGUGGGGGGGUGUACUGUAUAUGUCACUGUCUUGUUUGGCAGAGAACACGGCUGCUUUCUUAAAUAUGAACAAAGCCAAGACAGAAGGAUCUGCAAUGUCCCGUAGUUAGGUAACCUAGGUAAUCAGAAACCUUGUGUCAGUGGGACUGACAUACAAUGGCCUUUUUAUCUGCAAAGAAAGAACUCUUUAAGCAUAUUUUGCAGUCAUACACUUGUACAUCGUUUGCUACAGUUCACUAUGUUUCUGAGCUGGUCAUAUUUUAAAUUCGUAAACCCAGGGGAUGGCACAAGAUCUCUGAAAAUAUAUUUGAAUUUCAAAACAAAAUUGAAGCAAACUAAAGCAGAGCCCUUGGAAAAAUCUCAGAACAGGUCUCUCACGUCUCACGUGUUGUUUGCACAUUUACAUGUGUCAGUAUAUUUACAUGUGAGCGUUGUACAGUCGCAGCACAAGUGAGAAGCCUUUGUUUUGCUCUUGUCAUGUACUCUCAACCUCUUUGGCAGUUCAUACCAGGUACCUCUUCACCAGCCUGAAAAUGGCGUUGUGUUUUUUCAAAACUAGCUUUUCUAAAUGUCUUUUGAAUUGCUGUAAGAUUUUUAAAUCAACAAAAACACAGCUAGGGUGCUUCUAUAACAGAAAACAUUAAAGAUGGUGUACAAGUCAACUGUUUUCAAGCUUUUUUUAAUUAAAAGGGCACAUUAUGGUUUUACUGUUAAAUAAUGACAUAGUGGGUUAUUUGUAUUGAUACGUGUGAUAAAUUGGCAUUUCUGUCAAAUACAAUAUGGAUGGUUUAUAUACAUAUUUUGUGUCAAUCUACAUUCUCUAAAUGCAGUUUAAAAUGUAAAGACUGUAUUAUGUCUUCAAAUGUAAUCUCCUGAUAACUCAGAACCAGAACAAAUGUAGCAAAGCAUUGACAGCAUUAUCUGGCUGAUGUGUAAAAGUUUGUGAGAAGUUGAUCAAGCUGGGAGUUGAAACUAGACAUUGACACACAAUGCGGUUGACUGUGGGCCAUGAUUGGGCAACAAUGUGUUAAAUAGUCUGUUUCAAGCACAUAAUCACAAAGCAUCCCCCCCCAGACCAAUGGGCGGCCAAGGCUUGGCAUAUGGAACAGUUGAUCAUUCAACGUCUCUGAUAAGUCAACGUAUUUUCACACUUCCUGAAGUUAAUGUUUGAUAUGAAGGCGGAAGAAUAAAGUAAUUACUCCUAAAUGA